AUCUCGCGACGCGACCCCCACGCGGCCACUACUCCCCUCCCUCUCCUCAGUCCUCUCUCGUCCUCCCCCUCGCACGCACCGCAUUUCCCCAACCAAGCCAAACCCUCGUCCUCCUCUCCCAUCUUCCCAUCCUCACCGGCACCCUAACCCUCCCGCAAGCCCCUCGCCGCCCGCAGCCAUGAAGGCCAAGGCCGGCGCCGACACCGAGUUCAAGGCCACGGGAAAGCGCAAGAAGGCCGGCUCUCCCGGCAAGCCCAAGCGCGGGCUCACCCCGUUCUUCGUGUUUCUGGCUGAGUUCAGGCCUCAGUACCUGGAGAAGCACCCCGAGGCCAAGGGCGUCGCGGCCGUGACCAAGGCGGCUGGGGUGAAGUGGCGCGCCAUGUCCGACGAGGAGAAGGCGCAGUAUGGCGGGAACAAGAAGCAGGAUGACAAAGCAAGCAAGCCUGCGAACAAGAAGGAGAGCACAAGUUCCAAGAAGGCCAAAACUGAUGGCGAGGAGGAAGGAGAAGGUUCCGACAAGUCCAAGUCUGAGGUCGAGGAUGAUGAUGAGAAGGAUGACAAUGAGGAUGAGGAUGAGGAGUGAAUAGUAGGUUAGGGAGCAGCAGCUAUGCAAAUGGGUGUUUGCUUCUUUUGGACUUAGCCUGCUAUGUUGCUGUUCUUUUUUAUGUUAUAUGUUGUAAGGAAAAUCUGUAGAUGAAGGCACCCUAGGGCUAUGGCAUGCUGGAGUGCCUGUUUAACUAUUAGCAGCGAACGAGCCGGAUACUGUUGACUGCUUUUCUUUUGCCAGCCUCAUCAGCAUGUGUAAACAGUUUGUUUUACUUGUUUCAUCCGACUAAUUCGAUGACUA